AUCUCAUUUCAUUGCAGCAAAGAAAGCAAUUCAGCUUCCUGUUCUCAGAAAUGGCUGUUCCUGGAGCUUUCAUCAGACCAUACAAACCUUCACCGGCAUGUCUUCCACCCCCAAAGCUCACCUGCAGAGGAAGAAGACAGUGUUGCAUCAAAGCAUCUUCCGGCGCCGGCGAAGGGCUGAGUGAAGAGUACGGUGAGAUUGUGAAGAGUGAGAAAAGAGAUGGUCGGAAAAGCGAUUUCUGGCUGGAGAAACCUUCGACGCCAUUGCUGGACACGAUUAACUUUCCUGUCCAUAUGAAGAACCUCUCCACGAAGGAUCUGGAGCAGCUGGCGGCGGAGCUGAGGGCGGAGAUCGUGCACACGGUGGCGAAGACAGGAGGGCAUCUGAGUUCGAGCUUAGGGGUGGUGGAGCUGACGGUGGCGCUGCACCAUGUCUUCAACACCCCCGACGACAAGAUCAUAUGGGACGUCGGCCAUCAGGCCUAUGGGCAUAAGAUUCUCACCGGUCGGAGGUCAAGAAUGUACACCAUCCGGAAAACAUCGGGGCUCGCCGGAUUCCCCAAGAGGGACGAGAGCAACUACGACGCUUUCGGCGCCGGCCAUAGCUCCACCAGCAUCUCUGCAGGCCUCGGAAUGGCUGUGGCAAGAGAUCUACUAGGAAAGGACAACAGCGUCGUGUCCGUAAUCGGCGAUGGCUCAAUGACGGCCGGACAAGCCUACGAGGCCAUGAACAACGCCGGAUUCCUCGACUCGAACCUAAUCAUUGUGUUGAACGACAACAAACAGGUUUCGUUGCCCACAGCAACGCUCGACGGCCCGGCCCGGCCAGUCGGUGCCCUCAGCACGGCGCUGAGCAAGCUCCAAGCUAGCCCUAAAUUUCGACAGCUCCGGGAAGCUGCAAAAAGCAUUUCGAAGCAAAUCGGGAGCCAAGCCCACGAAGUCGUCGCCAAGGUAGACGAAUACACGAAAGGGAUGCUCACGACGUCGGUGUCUACGCUGUUCGAAGAGCUCGGAUUGUAUUACAUCGGUCCCGUGGACGGACACAAUGUCGAGGAUUUGGUCACAAUAUUUGAGAAAGUUAAGGCGAUGCCGGCGCUCGGGCCAGUCCUAAUCCAUAUCAUUACCGAAAAGGGCAAAGGCUAUCCUCCGGCCGAGGCAGCAGCCGAUCGGAUGCACGGCGUCGUCAAGUUCGACCCUGCAACCGGGAAGCAGAUUAAGGCUAAGUCCUCGACGCUUUCGUAUACACAGUACUUUGCCGAGUCACUGAUAAGAGAGGCCGAGGCCGAUAGCCGGAUUGUGGCUAUCCACGCAGCUAUGGGCGGCGGGACGGGUCUCAACUAUUUCCAAAAACGAUUCCCCGGCCGUUGCUUCGAUGUUGGCAUCGCCGAGCAGCACGCCGUCACGUUCGCGGCUGGCUUAGCCACCGAGGGCCUCAAGCCGUUUUGCGCCAUUUAUUCGUCCUUCCUACAACGAGGUUACGAUCAGGUGGUCCAUGAUGUGGAUCUUCAAAAGUUGCCGGUCCGGUUCGCCAUGGACCGAGCUGGUUUAGUCGGCGCAGACGGGCCAACUCACUGCGGAUCAUUCGAUGUGACAUAUAUGGCCUGCUUGCCUAACAUGGUGGUUAUGGCACCGUCGGACGAGGCUGAGCUAAUGCAUAUGGUGGCUACGGCGGCUCUCAUAGACGAUCGCCCUUGUUGCUUCAGGUUUCCGAGGGGCAACGGCGUUGGAGCCAUUCUUCCCAGGGACAACAAAGGAACGCCGCUUGAGAUCGGCAAGGGAAGAAUACUCGUGGAGGGCUACAGAGUUGCGAUCCUCGGAUACGGCACAAUAAUACAGCAAUGUCUAGGAGCAAUAGAAAUGCUCAAAUCCUACGAUGUCUACGCAACACUAGCCGAUGCAAGAUUUUGCAAGCCAUUGGACACCAAUCUAAUCCGAUCGCUUGCCAAGGAGCACGAGAUUCUGAUCACCGUGGAGGAGGGCUCGAUCGGAGGCUUUGGAUCGCACGUCACACACUUUCUAAGCCUCAAUGGAAUCCUCGACGGACCCCUCAAGGUGAGAUCGAUGGUUCUUCCAGACAGAUAUAUAGAUCAUGGAGCUCCACAGGAUCAAAUGGAAGAAGCAGGUUUGUCUUCGAAGCAUAUUUGUGGGACUGUUUUGUCUCUCAUUGGAAGGCCAAUCGAAGCUCUCAAACUUCAAUGAAUUCAUUAUUGCAACAUACAAGAAAUGUUCUUACAUAUGAGGUUUGGAUUUGAUAUAUAAAUAUAUUUAUUCGUAAACUUAAUUUGUUCGUAGAGCUGUAAAUGACAAACAAUAAUGAAUUGCUGCAUUAUAGUCUUUUA